GAACCUGCUGCUGCAGCUCCUGGCGGACAAGCUCAGCGCCGCGGCCGGGCUAGGGCCCGCGUCUGCCCGGCGCCCCGCUUCGCCGCCGCCGGUGACAGCGCAGAAGAGCGUCACGGAGGUUGUCCAAGAGCUGACAGCGCUGGUGGAAAAGCUGGUAGACAUUACCAAGAACGUCCAGAGGCAGGGACCCCUCUUAGGAUCCCGACCGGACAAAGAAACUUCGUCCUCUGGGCAGGAGGUUUCCCUGGCGUCUCCAACACGAGUGACAGCCAGAACAUCUGAGGAGGAAUUGAGGGAGAUUCUCUGUGCCCUUGAAGAGAUUCAAGAAAAAUUACGAGGACAACUGUCAUGGAAAGAGGCCCCGAAAGAGCAAACACAGGCAGAACUCCCAGAAGCUGUGUCUUCCCCCUCGUGCCCCCAGCCUGGUUCAAGCUGGCCUGCACCCAAGAGGGCCUCCCAGUUUGCUCAGUGGGCCAUCACGCCGACCUUUGACUUGGGGAGCCUGUCCUGCAGCCUGGAGGUCUCUAAGGACUGCCGGACAGUGACGGUGUCUCAUUGCCAACAGAACUAUCCCUGGAGUCCCCAGAGGUUUUCAGCCAGCCAGGUGUUCUGUUCCCAAGCCUUCUCCUCUGGGCGGCAGUACUGGGAAGUGGACACUCAGUAUUGCAACGACUGGGCCGUUGGGGUGGCUUCCGGGGCCAUGGCCCGGAACCGGAUGCUGGGAAGGACUGUGGACUCCUGGUGUGUUGAAUGGAAGGGGAUUGGCAGGCUCUCUGUGUGGACCAUGGCCAGGGAAACUGUCCUGGGAUCAGACAGACCUGGGGUGGUGGGCGUCUGGCUGGACCUGGAGGAGGGGAAGCUCGCCUUCUACUCAGUGGCCAGUCAGGAGAGCCUUAUGUAUGAAUGCGAGGUCUCGGCCUGCUCUCCCCUGCACCCUGCCUUCUGGCUGUUCGGCUUAAGGCGGGGAAAUUCCCUGAUCAUAAAGCAAGCAAGGGUUUAAAGAGUCCUGGUCUCUCUCCCUGCCUUCAAGCAGGUUGGCAACUUGACUAAAGAUCCUGCUUUGAAGUUAGCAUACAGUUGUGGUUUUUUUUUUUUUUUUUUUUGGUACCAGGAAUCGAACUCGACGUCAGGCUUGCCAGGCAAGCGCUUAUGCCACUGAACUAUAUCCCCUGCCCUUUGCUUUUGAAGUUAAUCAUUUUGUGUGGUGCAGCAUUAACUGAGCAGGCUUGAGGUUCUCAAAACCUGUGCAUGUGGAAAAAACUAGCUCCAGACUGGCUCCCGGGAGAUGAAUUCUAAGCCCUUGGAAGAUCUGGCCUGCUAAGAGCGACCUUGUUUACCUGGGACCUUUGGGCCUUAGAGAAGCACUUUGACCUCAGCAGAGGUUGGAGACUCAGUGAGCUCGUGGGCACUGGGCUGUGUCAACAUGACUGACCCCCAGCAAAGCCUGGGAGAGGCCCCUUGUUGGCAAACUCCAUUGCUGGGAGAACGAAGCCCUGUCCUCAGGACUCCCCUGGAGGAGGUUCACCUUGCACCCUGCUCUGCGUGCCUUCUUCCAUUGCUGAUUUUAUUCUGUGGCCUUUCACUGUAAUAAACCAUAGCUGUGAGUUCA